AUGUCGGAGGUGCGGACCUACGAGCGGGCACCUGCGGAGAUCGCAGCGGCGCACGAACUGCUGCUGAUGAUGUCUCCACGUCUCGUCUUGGUGCUGUGGGCCCUCCUGGCCACCGCUGCGUCGGAGUUUCAGGAGGAGGAUGGAGUGCUGGUGUUAAACAAGGCCAACUUUGAAGAGGCGCUUUCCACCUACCCCUACCUCAUGGUGGAAUUCUAUGCCCCGUGGUGCGGCCACUGCGAGAAGCUGGCCCCCGAGUACGCCAAAGCGGCCGCAGAGCUGGCCGAGGGCGCCGAGCAGGGGGCCCGCGUCUCCAAGGUGGACGCCACCGAGGAGACGGAGCUGGCCCAGGAGUUCUCGGUCAAGGGCUUCCCCACCCUCGUCUUCUUCAAGAAUGGCAACCGCGACGAGGCCAAGAAAUACGAGGGAAGCCGGAACUCGGACGCUAUGGUGCGGUGGAUUAGGAAGCAGAUGGGGCCUCCGGCCACCGUCGUGGACUCCGCCGAAGGGCUCGACAAGGUCAAGGAUCUCAACGAGCUCGUCCUGGUCGGCUUCUUCAAGGAGGACGGGCCAGACAAGCAGGCCUUCCUGGCCCUCGCGGGCACCACGGACGCGGUCCCCUUCGCCGUGACGUCCGAGCCGGGCCUGUUCAGCGACCAGGGCGUGGAGAAGGACGGCCUCGUGCUCUUCAAGAAGUUUGACGAGGCCAAGGUGUUCUACGACGGCGCGAUCAACAAGGAGAGCGUCUUGAAGUUCAUCCAGAGACACGAACUCCCGAUGGUCGUCGAGUUCUCCAGCGAGAUCGCCAACAAACUCUUCAGCAACAGCGUCAAGGUGCACAACGUCCUCUUCUUCUCCAACGGCACGGAGAACCUACAGGAGAUCAAGAACAACUUCCGGGAGGUGGCCCCGGAGUUCCGGGACAAGAUCCUCUUUGUCUCCAUCGACGCGGACGUGGAGGAGAACAAGCAGGUGCUCGAGUUCUUCGGGGUGGAGGCCGAGGACUGCCCCACGUUGCGUCUCAUCGAGGUGGAGAAGACCAUGGACAAGUUCAAGCCAGACUCGGACGACUUCUCGGCGGAAAGCCUACGCGCGUUCUGCUCAGGGUUCGUCGAGGGCACGCUCAAGCCGUUCCUGAAGAGCGAGGAGGUGCCCGUGGACUGGGAUCACGGCACCGUCCAGGUCCUCGUCGGGAAGAACUUUGAGGAGGUGGCCUUUGACAACGACAAGAAUGUCUUCGUGAAGUUCUACGCGGAGUGGUGCGGCCACUGCCAGAAGCUGGCCCCCGUGUGGGACGAGCUGGGCGACCGCUACCAGGAGCGCGACGACGUCGUCAUCGCCAAGAUGGACGCCACCAAGAACGACCUGGAGGCGUUCAAGGUGACGAGCUACCCAAUGAUCAAGUUCUUCCCGGCGGGCGCUGGGCGCAAGAUCGUCGACUACAAUGGAGACAAGACUCUGGAGGCUUUCAGCAAGUUUCUGGACAGCGGUGGGAAUCCAGAAUCGGAGAAGGCGGAAGAGGCACCCGCAGACGAUGAAGCAGAGGUGGAAGAUGACGUAGAUCAGUCAUCAGACGAGAAAGAUGAGCUGUAAUCUUUCUUGUUGUUUGUUAAGCGCGGGGUCAUCGUGACUUCACAAUUUAUUAUUUAGACACACCGCACGUGCAUGGAUUUUGUUGUUGUUGUUUGUUAGUUUGUCCGUACGACGGGAGUCAGGAAUCCCAAUUUUGUUGCUCUCAAUUUUUGGGGGGAGAGACUUUUCAGACGGACUGGGCGAAAAUAAUCAACGUCUCUUUUUAGAAAAAAAAAUACAUUUUUACCUCAGCGGAUAUACGUCGAGAUUAAACCAAGGCCCAUCAUCGUGGGUGUCAACAUAGGAGCCUUACAACUGCAGAUCUCAUUUUUGUCACGUCCCCUCGCACACUCUCACAGCAAGUGCGUGAUACAUAGUAAAUAUUCUUGGUUCUGUCGGUAAAGUCACGUAGAAG